UUAGUCUUGCACCAAUCUUCAUGCCUGGCAACUAACAAAAUCCACCCGGGGGAGCUGCUCUUCCCCAGCACAGACUUGGAUAUUUACUGCUUUGGGGGCUGGGGAUAUUUUCUGAUCUACUAUAUAUAUUUUGGACACUGGACGCCAUGUUGUGGAAACUAGCAGAUAAUGUCAAAUAUGAAGAGGACUGUGAGGACCGGCACGACGGGAGCAGCAAUGGGAACCCCAGGCUCCCCCACCUUUCCGCCGUCAGCCAGCACUUGUACAGCCCGGCUCCCCAGCUCUCCCAUUCCGGGACGUCCGACUUCCAGCCCCCCUACUUUCCACCCCCCUACCAGCCUCUGCCUUACUCCCAGUCCAGCGAUCCCUACUCCCACCUCGGGGAUCCCUUCUCCAUUAACCCGCUCCACCAGCCUCCUCCCCCGCCGCCCAGCCAGCAGCAGGCCGCCUGGCCCAGCCGGCAAAGCCAGGAUCCCACCGGCCUGGUCCAUCAUGCCAGGCCUGGCCUGGUCCCUCAUCUCUCGGCGCUGGAGAGCGGCUCGGCCGGGGGCAGGAGGGAAACGUACAGGCGCUCGGAGCUCCUCCUGCCCCACGGACACGGGCUGGACGCUUCCACGCUCGCCGAGAACCUGGGGCUGCAUGAGAUGGCUCAUCAGAUGGAGGAGGUGCCGAAUGUGGAAGAUCAACACUUACUAAUGCACGACCAGACAGUCAUUAGAAAAGGUCCCAUUUCAUUAACAAAAAACAGCUCGUUGAGUCUCCCCUGCCAGAAGGAUGGAUUAAUUGGAGUGGUGAUAAACCCCAAUGAAGUGUUUUGUUCUGUUCCGGGGAGACUUUCUCUGCUGAGUUCCACAUCUAAAUAUAAAGUGACAGUAGCAGAGGUUCAGAGAAGGCUCUCACCUCCAGAAUGUCUAAAUGCUUCCUUGCUAGGAGGAGUACUCAGAAGAGCCAAAUCUAAAAAUGGUGGCAGAUCAUUAAGGGAAAAACUGGAUAAAAUUGGCUUGAAUCUUCCAGCUGGUAGAAGGAAAGCCGCAAAUGUGACAUUAUUGACAUCUUUGGUGGAAGGUGAAGCUGUACAUCUUGCUCGUGACUUUGGUUAUGUAUGUGAGACAGAGUUUCCUUCCAAAGCAGUGGCCGAAUAUUUAACCAGACCACAUUUGGGCCGUAAUGAGAUGGCUAACAGGAAAAAUAUGCUUCUUGCUGCAAAGCAGAUAUGUAAGGAAUUCACAGACCUCCUCACUCAGGAUAGAACUCCUCUUGGAAACACUAGACCUAGUCCAAUCUUGGACCCUGGCAUCCAGGGCUGUUUGACUCAUUUUAGCCUGAUCACGCAUGGCUUUGGGAGUGCUGCCAUCUGUGCUGCCAUGACAUCCGUCCAGAACUACCUAAAUGAAGCAUUAAAAAUAGCAGACAAAACAUACAUGAACACUGGCGACCAAAGUCCUGCAGAAACCAACAAAAACAUUGAUAAAAUGGAUAAGCACAGGAAGUAAAAUGAGGGAAACCAGACUUUCAAACUGUUCCUCCAAAACACAGACUGGGAUCUUCUUGCCUAAGGGGCAUGUAGAAAUUUGGUUACUUUCCCUCCCCCCUCUCUUUUUAAAACAACAAAACAUCUUAUUCAGGAUCUUCACUCCCUCUGGAUCUGUAAGACAAGUCUUUCUAAAGCUGCAGUACCUCCCUUAACUGUGGAAUCCGUAACCAGAAGAUAAGUACUGGUGAAGUGUAUUAAAAUCCUUUGCUGUUAAAGUGGUGCUAUAAAGUCUUUGGUGGAAAUAUACUAAGAUAUGUAGAGUUUUCAAACAUCUAAAUAUCUAGUGGUGACAAGCUACCGUGUAUAUUUUUUGAGAUAUGGAUUUUGGAUGGGAUACUCUUCAUUAUCUGGAAAAAAAGUCAGGUUUUUAGUCUUUAAAGCCAACAAUAACUAUAAUGCAGUAUUAAACAAGGUAUUUAGAUUUAUGUGCAUGGUGUAUUUUAUAAACACAUGACAAACACCAAGAUCAUUCUGUUUUGCUUUAUUUUCAGAUGACCAUAUGAAAAAAACUGGUAUCGGCGUAAAUGAAAGAACUAUUUGAUGCAUUUGACAUGCUUAUUUUAAUUCUUAUUAUUUAUGGAAAUAUUCAUGCUUUUAAAAAUUGCAGUUGCGCACAGUGGAAAUUAUCUUUUUUUAAAAAACAAAACAAAACAACCCCGUUCCCCCCCCCCCAAAGAAUUGCUAGUGCAAACUGAAAAUAAAUGCUUUUAGAAAAUCUCCUUUUUCUUUGUCUAAGGAAAUUGCAGCUUUAUUCACAUAUUUAUAUCAGGUCUUGUUUUUAAAUUGAAAAAAACUUGAAAGAAUAGGCAUAUGCUGUAACUUUUUUUUUUAAACAUUUUUUUGCCUAUUUAGGGAAAAAAAUAUAUAAAUAUAUUUCCAGGAAGACUUUAUGUGUAUUAAGGGAAACAGUGUGUUGAAUGUACAUAUUUAUUUAUGUGUAAUUUAAUGGGAUUUGUAAAUAAUGGUGAACUUUUUAAUACUUUUUUUUAUAAAUGGGUUUCAAAUUUUAAUUUUGGUAAGUAUUUCAAAGGUAAUGGGGUAAGCUAAAUACGUCUUUAGGUUUAUGCACAGGUAUGUUAUACAGGGUAUUUAAGAUUUUAUUUUUUAAUUUUAUUUUGAAUUCUCAAUUCUUGCCACUGAAGAUUAAAUCUAAUCUGAGAGGUAUGUUCACAAAGCAAUAAUUUUUGUGUACCAUUCACCUGAGAACUGAGUAGAAUGAGUGCAUGAGGUACAGUGUGGAUGCGACUAAUGGCGGUUCUGAACUACUCUUUGCAUAUUUGUAUAUGAUCCCAAUAUAAUUCUGAUGUAUAUGAUAACCAUAUAAUAAAAGUAUUCUGGA